AUGGUCGACUGGUUUGCGAUCCAGUCGCCGAAGCUGUUCAGAGCAUUCAAAGAAGCCGGUGUGAUGGGAGAGGAUGAGAUCAUGAUCCAGACGAUGGAAGAAUGUGCGGAACUUAUCCAGGCGAUCUGCAAGCACAUGCGCAGAUUCGGCAAUAAUACGCCGGACAAAACGCAUGAUGAAGUAGUCCAGAACCUCAAUGAAGAGAUCGCAGAUGUGAAGAAUUGUCUUGAAAUCAUUGCGGGCGCUUGCGAAUGGCAUGACCCCGUAAUGGUAAAAGAGAUCCGCACGGCAAAGAUGAAGCGCUGGUUCUGGCGGCUGACAGGUAGACGAUGA